CAUAAUUCUCUAUUCUCAUAGCGACUAUCAAUUGAUAUAGCUAGAUUAAUAAGUGUGAAACAAAAAUGAUUAGACGUACAUUUGCAACCACUAUGGCAAGUUCAGCGUCAGCUGAUUUGAAGAAUUUUGCCAAAGAUGGCAAAAAAAUACUUGGAGCUGCUCUAAAUUAUAUGGACAUAGUUAAAGCUCGAGGUGUACCUGUUCCAAAAGUACCUUUGAUGUUCUUGAAACCCACUUCAUCUUAUCUGGCAGAAGGUGAAAAUAUUGUUAUUCCCAAGGUAUUCACAAAAGUAGCACAUGAAGUUGAGUUAGGAUUCAUCAUUAAAAAAACUUGUAAAAAUGUUUCUAAAGAAGAUGCCCUCAAUUAUGUUGGUGGUUAUUGUUUGGCUUUGGAUUUGACUGCUCAGUGUGAAUUGGGAGUUGCACGUCAAAAUGGACAUCCCUGGACUUUGGGAAAAGGAUUUGACACAUCAACUCCUGUUUCAUCACUGAUUCCUUUAUCAGCAGUUAAAAAUCCUCAUGAUUUGGAUCUUUGGCUUAAAGUGAAUGGAGAAAUCCGUCAACAGGGCAAUACUAAGGAUUUGAUAUUCAAAAUUCCUGAACUAAUCGAACAUGUCUCAAAAUACAUGACAUUAGAACCCAAUGACUUGAUACUUACAGGAACACCUGAUGGAUCAACUGCUUUAGCCGGUGGCGAUGUUGUAGAAUGUGGUUUAGGUGAACUUGUUAAACUUAAAUUCAAUGUUGUUAAUGAAUAAAUAAAAGCAAUCAAAAUUGUUUACAAUAA